AUGGAUGCCGACUACAAUAGCGGGCUUGAAGUCUUCGCGAAGCAAACAAAGACCGUUUGUGGACUCGCUGGCAAAUCGCCAACUGCAGUAAAAUCUAUUCUGCAGAAUCCGAAUGUCAAAGCUGUUGUCAAUGAUGCUCUCAGCGUUACAAUGGAAAGCUGGUGGGGAGAUACACGCAACAAGUACGAGUCGCCUCCGCUGUCGAAUUCCUUCUUUACGGUGCGUGUCGGUCCUGGUAGUGCUCGACAGGGAUUACACCGUGAUGACCAGGAUCACCAUGCAACACAUACGCAUGGAGACCCGAAGGAAACCACCAAGCUGGGGUGUUUUGUUGCCACCUCUAAAGUGACCAAGGAGAAUGGUGCUACUGAGAUUGUUCUUGGUUCCCAUGUCUGGAAUGAUGAGCGUAAGCCCGCAGUCGAGGAAGUAACCUAUGGAGAGAUGGACAUUGGAGACAGUCUUCUGAUGCUUGGAAACUGCUAUUACGGUGCCGGAGCUAAUGCGACCGCCGACUCUUUCCGAAGUAUUGUUAUCACUCUAUUCUAUGAAGGUGUUUAUCGCUCCGAGGGGAACCAGUUCCUCGCAGUAACUGUCGAUCAGGCAAAGGAGCUACCUCACGACGUUCAAGAUCUACUUGGAUGGCAGGCCAGUGCGCCUUUCUGUGGGUGGCACGAUCUCUCUCACCCAUACUGA